AUGGCUGCUUCAGCUGAGAACGAGCCAAGGCGCGAUUUGCGGCUCUUAAAAAAUGCAAGGUACCUUUUUGGCCGGUAUCUGAAGUUCUUCCUACCUGUAUCUGCAUCAUGUGCCAAACUUGCCCAUACACUGUCGAGCUUGCAGAAUGGCAUAUAUCGAUUCAACAGCAGAUACAACACGGGCAAUGAGCCCCUAUCAGUGUACUCUCAACUGACUGUUGGACUCUCUGACACUUUGGUCGCCCUCCGGCGUGAUCUGAUCUCCUGCGCUCGUCAGUAUGAGUCAGACACGCUGGACACCGGUGACUGGUCGUUUGAGCUCGACGAUGCGUCGAUGGAGCGACUUCAGACACGGCUCAAUCCUAUUACAAUGGGCGUAGAGAUCAUCAAUGAAGCAAUGGAAAUGGCACUGAACGAGAGUUCUGGGAUAAGACCAUCAGAAACGGUCGAAGAGAUAUACAAGCGUAUCGACGAAGCCAAGAACAGUUCAGCGCGAUUGCAAAAGCUUGUGAACAGCUUCCUUCAUGGCAUCACGGUACAAACCAAGCUGGAGACUACAGAUGGCCGUGACUUGCAUACCUUCACCUCCGCCAACAUCUCUCACCGCGAGGUUGGGCAAAAUGUUGCGGCGAGGCUGAGGCAAAAGACGCAAGAAGCAGUCAGUACCAAGGAGGAGGAUGAAGGGCCAAUGGCAUGGAAGAUCCGACACAGUAUUUACUGGCUCUCGAAGAGUUCUGACGACUUGAGAGAGUGGAGGUCCGAGAAUGGCCUUGCACUCAGCUAUCAUCCAACACCUGUAUCUGACAAAGCAUGGCAUACGGUUGCGACAAUAUUCAUCGACGCCCUCAAGGCUGCAUGGCUGCUUGGCGACUUAGGUGACCUUCGAGCAUACAAAGAGCCCAGCUUUGAGAUCCAAGAGGUGGUCGCGUGUGCUAAGAAUAAGGUCUUGGGCCUUCUCCAAUCCUUCUUCACGGAUAUAUUCACCGUGCCUAACUACGAUCUCAUCAACGAGCUGGGUGAUUUCGACAUGUGUACAGACGACGAGCGAGAGCAGAAAUCUUCUCAUCUCUCCGAUUCAUCCUCGAUCCCCUCGUCGCCUGCUUCGGAGCCAGAAAUCAUGCGCAAUCUCAUCAGUGAGCUAGGAGAUAUCGGCAGAUGUACAGACGACGAGCGAGAGCAGAAACCUUCUCAGGUCUCCGAUUCGUCCUCAAUCCUCUCGUCGCCUGUUUCGGAGCCGGGAGUGAUGCGCAGGCAUUUUACCAAUUCGACUUUUCCUGUGGAGCUGGAAGGUAGCUGUCUGGUAUCACUGACUGAUUUGCACUCUCACCACGUCCCCUCGGAGCUCGGAGCGGUUCCAUCGACGCAAAGGAAAAGCAACUUGUUUCUUUCGAACGCUGGAGGCGUCCAUGCUACCAACAUCUCACCCCUAGCAGAUGGGCUUCAUAUCACAAAUCUCGAGAACGCGUCUGCCGACUAUGAAAGUAUUGACCACAUUUCGGCCCGGCUCCAUGAGAACGAAUUGUCCAACGCAGAGACGGAAUCUCCAAAACCGGUGUGGACUGGAUUCCAACACAACGUUUUCUCGAUAGAAUCCAACCCUCCACACAACACAGCCUUCAUCCCAACCCGCGUCCGCAUCUUCAAGUUCGACUCGCACGUCUCAAGCUAUCUCCACCUCAUCACCUACAGGGAAGCCCUCCCAACCAGCCGAAGCGUCAUCCAACCCUCCACCGCCGCCCUGGUCCCCGUCUACGCCUUCGCCGCCGACCGCUCCGAAGGCUCAGAACUCUACAUCAGCGACUCCGGUCUGCGGCCGAGUCUACGGUACAGAUUCGACUGCAGGGAUCCCGACGGGAACCAUCACCCGUGGGAGCUGUACGGCUUCCAAGGAGCACUGAUGGGUGCGUACUUCGAGGGUGACUACAGCGCUGCGAGCGUCUCUCUGCACCGGUGCGGAUCACACACGACCGAGAGGGAGAUCUUCCCAUGCAUACAAGUGUGGACCGACCUCCCGAGCGCCCACCCGGCUCUUGCAGAUUCGUCGUCGCCCACGAGCCUAUGGACAACGUCGGCAUCGUCGUCACCACCCUCCUCGAUCUCGAGUAAGACUUUCUCCGCACUGACGAGCCGUCUCACGGACAACGUCAACGACUCGAAGAUGUUCAUCUUCUCCCGCAACUUCAUUUACGUCCUCUUCGUCUCCGAUCGCGUCACCUUGCUCCGCCCGAAACAGGGCGGUAUACUCCAGCACGGCCGACACCAGAAGAAGCCCCUCGUGCGCUUCGUCCCCAACAAACACAGCGGGACCUCGGCAAUCCGGGUGCGGACUUUGAAAGGCACGCGGAGCAUGCCCGCGGGGAUACCGUUGGAUCGUCGGGGCAUCAGAUACGGAGAUCAGGAACGGGCGGAGGCGGGAUUCGAGGAUUUCCAGAGCCUGGAGUUUGAGUUUGAUUGUGAGGAUGACGCCGCGACCUUCACCGCCCACUUCAAAGAGUACGUCGCGGAUUGGCGGCGGCGCUGCGCGCCCGUUGAGGGUUUCCGCGAGCUCCAGCGGAGUCGCCGCAUCACCGUCAGCUCGAGGACUACGUUCCAAGGCGGCGAGGGGCGGCAGACGGUUCCGUAG